AUGGGCCUCUUGAAUAAGCUCAAGGCCCGUCGAAGUGCCGGGCCCUCUGAAUUCGCAACCCCGCCAAGAUCCAGAACAAUUCCUGGCCGCGAUUACUCCAGGAAGCUGCCACGCCCCGUGCUGGCCUACAUCUUUGCUCUCGUCUGUCCUCACUCGGUGGAUGAAUCCUACGAAACCUCAGAGGAGUCGAUGACCGAUGGCUGCAUGUUAUGUGAUAUGCGUGACCUGGCGCACGCCGCCCAGGUUUGCAAGCGCUGGUUUAUAGAGGCGCGCGCGCUGCUAUACAUGAAUGUGCGGAUCGACCCUGUUCAUUAUUGCGAGCUGGAGUUCCAGCUAUCAGCCAAACGAAAGCGCCGCUCCUUCUUGAAUCGCAACGGUGACCCCAUCGAUGCCCCGCAGGUUCGCCUCGAACUCUUCAUGCGCACCGUGCGAGAGUCCCAGGGGCUGGCCAAUAUGGUGGUGUCUCUUCGAAUGCCCUACAUGACCCGAGAAGCCAACAAGGCCAGCAUUGCCCGCACUAUCUCUGUACUUCCGCACCUCCGCUUCGUCGACCUGCCGACCGGUCUUUUCCACGAUGAACCCUCGUGUGCAGCCCUGAAACAAGAAUUGAUGAUUCGAUGUCCCGAUCUUCGCCGCAUGAGCUAUCGACAUGGCUCGGAGGGGAGUUUCGCGCGGCUUCCAGGCGCUCAGCUCUGGGUGAAUCUGGAGAAGCUGGAGCUGUCGGGCUUACAAAUUGAGCCCAGUAUCCUCCGUCAUGGCCUGGCGUCAUUUAAUCGUUUGCGUGAUCUUACUCUUGAUGACCUUCCGUGGCUCGACGACUCGGCAUUUGCUGUGAAUGGGCCCCUACCACCCUUCCCCGCAGUGUACCAACUUACCAUUCGCGAUACCCCUAAUGUCACGGCAAGCGGGCUUGCCACAUUACUUUCUUCUCCAAAUAAUCGCGCAGCGCUACAAUCAUUAAUGCUCGGCGCAACCGGCGUGCUGCCGUCGGCGCUACAUCAAAUCUUGGCUGCAGCUCCCCGGCUUCGCAGUCUUUCCAUUAUCCAGGAGGUGUCGAGAUCAUUCCCACCGGAGCAGAUCCCUCCUCUGACGUCCAAGUCAUUGACUCUUCUGCACUAUGAGAUUACCUCCGAAACGGAGAAUCACGGACUGGCUCCGGUCGCAGGAUCGUACUACGCUUAUCUUGUUUCGUCUCUGAUGUCUCGCUCAUUACCUGCACUGCGCGACCUUUAUGUUCGGGACGCACAAUUCCCCGAUACCCUUCUUCUAGCACCUCCUCCCCGACUCUUCGGUGGCGGCGAAAAUGGCCCGCAGAUGAUGAGUGGAGGUCUAUCCCAGCCCUUGAAUGUGUACAGCAAGGGCCUCGACGAGCUCGAGUGGAACUUUACCCCAUACGAGCCAGACCCCGGAUUUGGUCGUCGAUCUGGAAGUACUCGACCGGUCAGCUUUCACGAUGCGCAGCUGAGCCGGUCAUGGGGUGGAGAUGCGCGCAAGAGUGUGCUCGUGGGCAAUGGAUUCGGCGGAUUCCUGGCCGUGCCAGCGGACGAGGACGAGCGCCCCCAAGAGUAG